UCAGAAACUCAAUGGAAAUGUAACGUGCAGACAGCGAUUGUUAUGAUGUUUAAGAAGGAAAACCAUGAUAUCUGUCUAAAUACUCUCAAUUUCCACCAAAUUAACAAAUAAAUUCUCUUGUGCCCGAUCUCGCGCAAAAAAAAAAAAAAAAAAAAACUCAACAGUGUCUUCCCGAGAACUUCAAUUAGCUAAACGCACUUGAAUUCAAUUAUUCAGGUUCUGAUCAUUCGCUCUGGCUUUCACAUUUCACCCGCUGUUCGUGUUCUGUUGACUUUUGUGGCGUCUGGGAAGUGAAAAAAUGCAGCGUGCUCCCGUGACAGUUGAGGAACAAUUAUUGCAAAAAGCGAUUAAGGAAGAAUGUACGUGGGAGAACCUUCCAAAGAGGAUUCAAGUUAUUCUUUCUUCUAAAGAAGAAUGGCACAGAAGGAUAACUGAAAGUUGCAUAAAGAAGAGACUCCAAUGGAAUAGUUGUUUUGCUCGUAAAGUUUGUAAAGAAAGCGAAUAUUAUGAAGAUAUGAUGCGAUACUUGCGGAAGAAUCUUGCUCUAUUUCCGUAUCAUCUGGCAGAUUAUAUUUGCCGUGUAAUGAGACUAUCACCUUUCAGAUAUUAUUGUGAUAUGAUUUUUGAAGUUAUGAAAAAUGAGCAACCUUAUGACAGCAUCCCGAAUUUUAGUGCAGCUGAUGCUUUAAGGCUUACAGGAAUUGGGAGGAAUGAAUUUAUUGAUAUAAUGAACAAGUGCAGAUCUAAGAAAAUCAUGUGGAAGUUGAACAAGUCAAUUGCAAAAGAACUUUUACCUACACAGCCUGUGGAUUUUCCUAUUGAACCUUGGUGGGGUGUUUGUUUGGUGAACUUUACUUUGGAAGAAUUUAAGAAACUUUCAGAAGAGGAAAUGGCCAUGAUAGAUAAACUUUGUAAGGAGGAAGCAAAUUCAUUUAUCUUGUUUGAUGGUGAUGUUGUAAAGGGUCUUUAUGGUCGAGGAUUGAUCUAUUUUGAUGUUCCUGUGUAUCCUGAUGAUCGCUUUAAAGUUUCCAGGCUCGAAGGUUUCGUUUCCAACAGGGAGCAGUCUUAUGAAGAUCCUAUAGAAGAGCUACUAUAUGCAGUGUUUGUUGUUUCAAAUGAAAAUGCAUCUGUUGCUGAAUUGGCAGCAACCCUACAGGCUGACUUGUCACAACUGCAGGCUGCUGCGUCUUUUGUAUGUAGAUUGGGAUGGGCAACAAAAGUAAUUGAUCCAGCAUCUAUUCUCCAAGAUGCAAACAUACCUGGGUCUCCUAAAAGUGCAGGCAGUGAUGAAGAUGCGUCUACUGCUAGUCAUGGUUUUGAUAAUAUGCUCACUGAUAGUAAUAACAAUCAAGGCGAUGCUUAUGGUCCUCAUUCUUCCUAUACACGUGUUGCUUUCAUAGUUGAUGCUACUAUAACAUCGUAUCUUAUGAUGGGUUCUGUUUCGCCAGGCCUGAAAUCUCAUGCUGUUACACUCUAUGAAGCGGGGAAAUUGGAUCAUGCUGUCAUUGCUGAUCUUUGCAAGGAUCUUAGCACUCUGGAAGGUGCGAAAUUUGAGGGAGAGCUACAGGAAUUUGCUAAUCAUGCAUUUAGCUUGCGUUGUGUAUUAGAAUGUCUACAAUCUGGUGGAGUUGCUUGUGAUGCAAAAGUUGGUGAAGAUAAGAUGGACCUGGCUACGUUAGAAAAUGACGAGUCUAGUUCUCCAUUAUCGGAAAUAUCUCCGACUGACAAAUAUGAAGACUCUGGUAUUACGGAAGCUGGGAAGAAUGAUUGUGAUAUAUUGAGUUCAGUUUUAGAGAAUUCAGUACAGCCUGCUUCCACUGAAGCUACUCCUAGUAAUAUGGUUAGUGAAACCUGUUCUAUUCCUGAUGAUGAUGAUGAUGAUGAUGAUGAUAGUCAUGUACAGGAAGAAGCCACGUUAGAAAAUGAUGAGUCUAGUUCUCCAUUAUCGGAAAUCUCUCCAACUAAUGGAGACUCUGGUAUUACAGAAGCUGGGAAGACUACGUUAGAAAAUGACGAGUCUAGUUCUCCAUUAUCAGAAAUAUCUCCGACUAACAAAUAUGGAGACUCUGGUAUUACGGAAGCUGGGAAGAAUGAUUGUGAUAGAUUGAGUUCAGUUUCAGAGAAUUCAGCGCAAACUGCUUCCACUGAAGCUACACCUAGCAAUAAGGUUAGCGAAACCUGUUCUGUUCCUUUUGAUGAUGAUGAUGAUGAUGAUAGUCAUGUACAGGAUGAAGGCAGUGAAGAUGGAAAUCUUCAGAAUGAUGAGGAACUAGUUGUUGAAGAGGCCGAUGUUGGUAAAGAAAGGUCGAAAAAAAUUAAGAAAUAUCGUGUAGACAUUCUCCGCUGUGAAAGCUUGGCUUCACUUGCUCCAGCAACCCUUGAUCGAUUGUUUGUUCGUGACUAUGAUGUAGUUGUGUCCAUAGUACCUCUUCCUCAUUCCUCAGUUCUUCCUGGAUCCACAAGUUUAGUUCAUUUUGGUCCGCUCUCGUAUUCUUUUAUGACUCCUUGGAUGAAAUUGGUAUUAUAUUCAACUGUAGGUAGUGGCCCUAUUUCAGUUGUUCUGAUGAAAGGACAAUGUCUGCGCUUUCUUCCUGCUCCAUUGGCUGGUUGUGAGAAAGCUCUCAUAUGGUCUUGGGAUGGUUCCGCAAUAGGAGGGUUGGGAGGGAAGCAUGAAGGAAAUUUAGUAAAGGGAAGUAUACUCCUCCAUUGUUUAAAUUCACUUCUUAAACAUUCAGCUGUGCUGGUACAGCCUCUAAGUAGGUUUGACCUUGAUGAAUUUGGAAAGAUGACUACAAUGGAUAUCCCUCUGCCCUUAACGAACAUUGAUGGAUCAAUUACCUCUGUUGGAAAAGAGCUAGGAAUAUGUGAAGGUUCAAAACUGGAUUCUGUCUUGGCUGAUUUGGCUGAAAAGAUGGAACUAUGGACAAUUGGGUAUAUUCGCCUGCUGAAAUUAUUUAUUGGACAGGAAUCAGGCCAGUUCACGCCUGAAGAAGAGAAAUAUGAAUGGGUCCCGUUGAGUGUUGAAUUUGGGAUUCCGUUAUUCAGUCCAAAGUUGUGUAGUAAUAUAUGUCAAAGGGUUGUUUCAUCUGAAUUACUUCAAUCUGGCUCAUUUGAAGAACACCAUGAUGCAAUGCAAAGGUUAAGGAAAAACUUGCAUGACAUGUGUGCUGAGUAUCAAGCAACAGGUCCUGCGGCGAAGGUUCUUUACCAGAAGAAGAAAGCCAAGGGAUCCCCACGACAACUAAUGAAUUAUGCUAGUGGAAAGUGGAAUCCACUCAUGGACCCUUCUUCUCCAAUUUCAGGGGCCUCGAGUCAGCAUCAAAGGCUAAAACUUGCUAAUCGACACCGCUGCCGAACUGAAGUUUUAAGCUUUGAUGGCAGCAUUCUUAGAUCUUAUUCCUUAGCUCCUAUUUUCGAAGCUCCUACAAGGCCCUUUGAAGAAGGUACUCAAGCCAACCCAUUAAAAGCUGAAACGGAUGAAAGUGAUAGUAAAGAAGCAAUCCUUCCUGGAGUAAAUCUUAUUUUUGAUGGUUCUGAGUUGCUUCCAUUUGAUAUAGGUGCCUGCCUCGAGGCACGUCAACCUAUUUCCUUAAUAGCAGAAGCAGGAGCUGCCUCGGCAUCUUUACCAAUCAAAUAGUUCUUCUGUUAACAUAGAUUACAGUGCAUUGAAAAGCAUGACUUCUGCCCAAUCAUGUUGUUACCAUCUUCGACAUUGUUGGUUAUCCAUGUAGUUGGGCUCAGAUUGAAGCCAAGUUUCAUAUUUUCUUCUUGUAAAACUAUAAAACUACAUUCAAUCAUCGACCUCUUUGUGGCAGUACCAGCAGCAGCCUUAAGUUUUACUGACCCUGGUUUUCUAUUUGAAACAAGGAUGUGUAAAACGAUGCGAGACAGAUUUUGUAGACUGAUUUUUCUUUCUGAAACAUUUAUCCUCGUGUCCCCAACCUUAA